AUGAACGAUCCCUUUGGAGAAGGGCAUGGCCAAAGACCUGCGCAAACAUCUUUGUCAGGUUCAUACAGCAUCCCUGGUCCCACAACGCCAACUAGAAGUUAUGGCUUUCCACAGAACCAUACACCUUCACGCGAUCCAUUUGCUUCAAUCACCAGUCCUCACAACUUGAGAGUUCUGCUGACAGAGUCCGAGCUCAUGAAGAAAACAAUCCAAAAGGACUUGGCCUUGGCUAAGGAAGAGAUCAAGUUGCGUGAUGACCAGAUAGCAAAGCUGCAAAUUGAGAUCCAAGCUAUGCAUGCACGCAUAAGUCAGCAGGAGAUCACAAUCAGAAAUCAAUCGAGAACAAUCCAAGAUCCUCGCUCUUUGAGGCCAUGGCUGACUCCACCACAGACCGCAAACCUGUUUAUUCAUGCAGCGCAGCCUGUCCAGCAGGUAUUGCCUCACGCUCAUCCAGCUGUGUCUCCACUGCACAGCCAAGGAGUCGUGUCCCAUUAUGUGAACCACCAAGCAGUAUCUAUGCAACGUGGAUUAGACACAGUCGCAGGUGCCAGGACUUUUGAGCCCAUUGUACCCAUAAUGGAGCCUACCUCGCCUACCAGGGGUGCACCUUCACAGCAGGGAACGAUCACCACAAGCAGUAACCUGAGUAGCGAAGUGGUCAGCACAUUCCAAGGUUCACCUUACGUAGGUUUUGAAUUUGAAACAAAGGCAGCAGAGUUUGGAACUCGUUUUCUCUCUCUGUGGGCAAAGUCAGACCAAUUUGCCAAAACCUAUGGCAUGAAUUUCAAAGAGCUCAACCCUCAUCAACUCGACGCAUGUCUAAAGGACCACAUGAUGCUAGACGGUGACGCAGAUGUUGCAAUGCAGUAUCUUAAUAACUCGGUGCUCAGGCCACUAUAUGUGGCAAAAGUCAUCAACUUUUAUCUGUGCAAGAGGGUGUUGAAAUACACAGAGAUUGUCCGCGGCUUUGACUCCAUUGUCGAUGUAGAAAUAGCCAAUUUGAAGAGAAUGAUUGUGCAUGAUACUCCUCCAGUCGCUAGACACAGUAUCCUGGCCAGAAUUGCCGACCAAGUAAACUUUGUCCGACAGCAGCCGAACUUCAAGAAUUUCUGUCAAGGCAGCAAAGAUGGGCAUGGUUACCAGUUGCGGGCGUUACUUGAUCCUCUAUUGCUUCAUCGUGGGAGAGAGUCAGUCGCGCAUGAUUUGCUGAUUGAGCUCAUUGCGGACGCUCAAAAAAUCGCCCUUGAUCUCUAUUCGUGCCCCUUUGAUGCAAGACUCCAUUUCCCAGAAGUUGGCGAGGGAUAUGAUCCUACGUGCAUGGUGAUUUUGGAUUCCAGCGAUUCCAGGUAUGGCAUAACUCAAGUCAGAAUGUCCGUGACGCCUUUUGUUCGCCUGGGCUUGAAUCAGACAGAUCCAGCACGUGCUCGAGCAAGGCCGGUGGCCGUCCAGGCUUGGGCCGUGGCCGAUAGUAACAGUGCGCUGGGCCCCUCCUACGUUGCAGGGCGAUCUCACCUUGAACCAGGUUUCAUCGCUACGUUCGUGCGUCGCUAUAACCAUCAGAGCAUAAACUGCAACGCGAGAUGCAGAGAUCGCCUCGCAAACCGGCGCUACUUUCACGACUACUUCGUCACGCACCUUCCGUCUUCUUCCUUGCAUCCCGAUUCACGUGGACCGCCCUCGUUUCAUAAGCUUCCUCGUUCUGCGUCGACGCCGCAUACCAGUGCGAGCACUCGGUUGUCUCCUGCGUCAAUACAAACCCCUAUUGGCGUUAACCGCGACACCACGGUAGUGCGGAUUCCACUGCGCAGUGCGAAACACCACUUCGGGGCAUCUGUAUCGCGCGGGUCACGCCAGUACAAUGAAGACGCAUACCAGGCCGGUGUUAUUGAGUUGCCCGCAUUCGCGAAACGAUCUCCUCUAUCGUUGACCAUCAAUCGUGCGUCCGGUGCCGAGUCCGUUGCCGUUACUUCUGGGGCGGACAGCGCCAGCGGAGAUCCACAGGUAUUUUACUUUGGCGUCUUCGACGGCCAUGGUGGUUCUGAGUGUAGCAGCUUUCUUCGAGACCGUCUACAUGAAUACAUUCAAGAUAGUGCCGCGGAGUUUGAAAUACAGUCCAGUCUAAAGGACAAGACUGAAAGAAAGCGGGACUGCCGUGGAAGACAACAAGCCGAUCAGCAUGGGUUAUACCGUGCCGACCUGCCAAUCAUACAAAAUGCAAACACGAACAAGAUAAAGUCUCUUGAAAAUGAAAUGGUACAGUCUUGGAAGUAUCUAGUCGGGGGCUAUUUCAAACGAUUCAAACCCUCACACUUCUCUUGCCUGGGAGACGGCGCUUACUCCGCGGCCCUUUCACAGACGCUUGGAGUAGAUCAGGGCGCAAAGAAAGCGGAUAGCGGAGUUUCGAUGGAAGAGUUGCUAGAGUAUGCCUUUUUGAAGGCAGACUUGGAUUUCGUGUCAGCGCAGGCGGCGAAGAAAGACGACGAUCUCGUGCAAUCAGAUCAACCGCUAAACGAAGACGAUAUUCUUUACAGUCCAAGUCAAUCGCGCCGUGCAUUCAUCGGAGGGCCCAAACUGUUUCCAGGGGGAAGCACUUGCAGUGUCGCCAUGAUAUCAGCACCAACAGCGACACCCUUUUGGCAUCCGGCAACUCCCUCCUCGCUCUUGGUUUCACACGUCGGCGAUACUAGAGUUUUGCUGUGCGAUACAGCUACUGGAGCGGCCAUUCCUUUGACCACAGAUCAUCACCCAUCCUCUCCAGUCGAAGCCAACCGCCUGCGACGUUAUGCUGCCACGUUCGUUACCGAUUCCUUCGGGGAGGAACGCGUAAGCGGACUGGCUAACACCAGAGCGUUUGGCGAUAUUCACUCGAAACGGAUUGGGGUAUCAGCGGAACCAGAAAUUCGUCGGAUUGAGAUGGCGCCGGCAGAGUUUUCCUGUCUCGUGCUGAUGUCAGAUGGCAUAAGCGGAACACUUCCAGACCAGGAAAUCGUGGACAUCAUAAAAGAGGCUCGCACGCCAGAGCAAGCGGCCCGUGAUGUCGUCAAUUUCGCAACCGACAUCAGCAAAGAUGCCGAUAAUGCGACUUGUCUGGUGGUGCGUCUCGGCGGUUGGGAACGCAGACUGGAGGGUGGCUUGGGCAGCAUGGGCACAAAGGAGGCCCGCGAUUUUCGAAGACAGGAAGCUACAGACCCGCGUCGAUCUCGCACGUAA